AUGGUGGCGAUUCAUCAAUUUGUCGAGAGGGGUAUGUUGGAUGAUGAAUACUGGGGGGUAUUCUCUAAUGAUUUUGAUCAUUAUCAACUUGGUUCCCCUGUUGGUUUCGGAGCUUUCUCCACAGUGUAUUCUGCAAUCUAUCACCCUCCGAUAACAUCAUCACCAAACAACAAUGCCAAGCCUUCACUUCACAUUCACACCGGAAGACCAUGCGCCAUCAAAAUCUCUUCUUUACAUUUUGAUGAGACCCAAUUAUUCAAAGAAACAAAACUUCUUUCCCUCUCACGACACCCGAACGUACUUCGUAUCCUAGCAGCUUUCACCUUACCACCAGAUCAUCGAAGGAUCGCCAUCGUCACGCCGCUUAUCACUGGCGGAUCUCUCGCGGGAAUCCUAAGCUGGCGAGGACGAAGUACGAGGACUACUAGAGGAGGUUUUUUACAUUUGGGGAAGAAAGAAGAUGUUGUGGAAGGGAAUAUGGGUGAGGAAGAAGUGAAAGCGACGGUGAAACAAGUGAUAGAUGGUUUGAUAUAUCUUCAUGAGCAGCGGUAUCUACAUAGAGACCUCAAAGCUGGUAAUCUACUCAUAGCGGCGGACGGUACCGUUCUCCUUGCGGAUUUUGGAGUAGGAAGUGAUAUCAACGAACCUCCCACUCCUGUCAAAUCGACGUUGCCUUCAGCGGCGGAAUUACAAUUUGACCGUAGGGGCAACGGAAAUCAUGUGCGAGAUUCGUCACCAAACGAUAGGUCUACGGAGUAUGGUAAACGAAAGAGUUUCGUAGGGACACCCAACUGGAUGGCUCCAGAAGUCAUACAAGGAGAGAAGUAUGAUUCAAAAGCCGACAUUUGGUCUUUGGGAAUUACAAUCAUCGAGCUGGCAUGCGGUCGAGCACCUGGUGAUAAAGAUAGACCUCAAGACGUCUUAGCUCUCAUCAUUUCUCGUCCUUCACCUUCUUUGGGACAAGGAGCAUGGAGUAAGCAAAUGCGAGAAUUUGUGGAUAUUUGUUUAGAAAAGGAUCCAAGAAAGAGACCUACCGCUGUUCAGCUAUCGGAACAUCCUUGGUUAAGAGGGGCAAAGAAGAAAGCUUUCUUAGCUCAGUCACUGUUGGAGUGUUCAGACUAUUGCGAGAACGAUGUUAAUGCCGUAGCCGACGUACUUCCACUCGAACAGCGACAAGAGAUCCGUCGAGUCCCCACCAUGUCAUCCCUCGCUUCCCGAGCCUCAUCCUGGGAUUUUCCUACCACCCCUUCCAUGCCUUCUUCUCCUUCACGCUCUCAAGUAUUUCCUUCUCUUCGAUCACCUUCCAUACUCUCCCAAAUGCAAGAAUACUUUCCAAAUCUUCCUCUCCCCUCCCGCGGCCAUUCCCGUACAUCAUCCAUCGUUUCCGGUCUUCCUCCUUCCCCACGUGUCUCACUCAAACAAUGGGCAGAACGCAGUGUCUCCGUUGAUCCUGUGGGAUCAUCAGAUGAACCUCGACGUAUAUCUCACAGAGGGUCUAAUCGGACAGGUAGCGAAGGAGGUUCAAAGCGUCCUACAUCGGCAUCAGGGAGAUUACGCAAAGGUCAAAGUGUUUCUUUUGACGAACAUCGACCUUUGUCACUUACCGUUUCCAUGUCUGAUGAUUUGAUUGGACGUGGAUCAUCUCCAUUGAGUACACCGGGGAUUUUGGAAGAACGACCAUUGGAAUUGAAAGGAAGUAUGAGUCCUGUAAUGGAAGCAACGGGAAGUUCGCCAGAGAGAAAUGGUCAUUAUCAAGAUAGAAUCAUGACUGCUUCACCUGUUGGUUUCUCAAUUACACAAGAUCCAGCAGGUCAGAACUUAUCGGAUUUCCCUCAAAGUCCUCAUCUCAUCGUUCACUCACCUGCUCCCGAGUCUAGUGGGCCGAAAUCUUCAGAGGCAGUGAAAGAAAUUAAAAAGUCUGCUCUCUCCCGCAAACCUACGAUAGUGACCCAGACACCUCAGUUAGUAUCUUCGCCCAAGUCACAAUCUGAUCAGGGUCAAAAAGGAAGAGGCGGUACACUUCUCGCUCGCACGUUGUCUGGAUUGAACAUGGGAGAUGACAAAAACGGUACGGAGGGACAAAAGGAAUCUUUAUGGGUAAGGAGGACAAGUAUGAAGAGAAUCUCUAGAGAAAAGUCUGAAAAGGGUAAAAAGUUGGAUAAUGCGGAAGGCGAGAAAGAGGUGAAUCGGUCAAAGGGGAUCAUGAGUGCGUUAGGGACGUUGGGAAGGAAACAACAGAAACGAUAA